ACUGACAUUCAUUUUGCAUGCUGGUUUUGGUUCCUUUGGCAAUCUUAUGGUGCGGUGGUUUUAAUGUGGUGUAGUGCGACGUUUCUCGAAAAACUUGUCUGAAGUAACAAUUUCAAGCUGAUCGAGUGAAUUGUGACUUUUGUGAAGCCGAACUGUUUAUAGUGACAGCAGAAUUUGUGAUUGAGUGCUGUAUUUGCCCGAUAUCGUUACGUCUGGUGAUUUUAUCGUGGUCGUGAUUUUUAAAACAUGGCUAAAUGGGGAGAAGGUGACCCUCGGUGGAUUGUAGAAGAACGGCCAGAUGCUACUAAUGUGAAUAACUGGCAUUGGACGGAAAAAAAUGCGGGUCCGUGGUCGAAAGAUCGUCUCAAGGAACUGUUGACUAAUUUAAAAAUAGCUCAAAAUGGUAUCGAUUGUAAAAUAAUUGAGGUAGAGAAGCUCGAAGGAGAUGCAUCAGCUAACAACAGGAAAGGCAAGCUAAUAUUUUUCUAUGAAUGGGACAUCAAGUUGAAGUGGGAAGGCUUAUUGGCUGGUGCAGCAGAUAAAAUCAAAGGGGAAGUGCACAUACCCAAUCUGUCUGAAGAAAAUGACAUCAGUGAAGUUGAUAUAACAGUGACAAUCAAAGGAAGUGGUGAUGAAGCCCAAAGAGUAAAAGCGUUUAUGCAUAAUGUAGGCCGUAAUGAAAUCCGAAAACAGCUUAAAGAAUACCUCAGGAGUCUCAAGGAAGAAUACUCAAAAGGACUAAUCCUACCCAAGAAGGGAGAGGCACAAGUGAAACCGGACAAUGUUUCGACAAUAACCAGUGGUUUUAAUAAGAAAGUUAACAUGGAGCCCAUUGUUUCUAAUAAGAAUCAACCGGUCGGUUUGAAACUAGAUACGAAAACUAUUGAAUUGUCAGAAAAGUUUCAGUGCAGAGCCCAAGAGUUUUAUGAUGCUUUGACAAGAAUAGAAAUGGUCACCGCUUUCACACAGGGACAUGUAAAAAUGGAGGCUGAGAAAGGUGGAAAAUUUGUGCUCUUUGGAGGGAACAUUUCAGGAGAGUUCAGAGAACUGGUACCUGGAAAGAAGAUAGUUCAAUAUUGGCGAUACAAGCAGUGGCCCGAUCAGCACUUCUCAGAAGUCACGUUCAACAUUGAAGAGAAAGAGGACCACACCCUGGUGCAGUUGCGGCAGGAGCUGGUGCCGGCGGGCGAGGUGGAGCGGACGCGCGACAACUGGCGCCGGUACUACUUCGACAGCAUCAAGCGGGCGUUCGGUUUCGGUACAAUUCUAACAUUGUUAAGAAGAAUACUGACUUCCGGUCCUAUGCGAUUCACAAUACUAUUUUUUGUGAAGAUUUUCAUGCAUCUGUGAUGAAUCUAUAGUUAUGAAUGCACUUAAUGAACAAAGAAUCAAAAUAAAUGUACUUGCUAACCUUUGCCUGGAACCGUCAUGUUUUGUUUCGCUUGUAUUUUGUAUAGUAGCUGAUGUGUUUAAUUUAUGGAGUAUUCCAAUAAAUUAUGUUAAAUAUUUAAUUGGUGGUUUUAUU